GUUGAAAAAGGUUGGUCUAGUUAUUUCACCUAAUUUUACCACCCUUAUAACAAUGCAUGCAUUGUGGGCUGUUUGAAUUCUACAGGCCCCUAGAGACAAUUGGGUCGCUGAACUGCCACUAUUUAUGGGGCUUUACCUUUGUCAACAGUGCAAAAUGCCUCAGGGGGCCAGUAUGUUCCUGCUCACCUCUGCAACAAUGAACUCAAAUGUUUCCCGUUCUGCUGCAGGGUUGGGUGCAGUGGGGGGGAGGACUCGGUUCGCCAGUGAGUUGUCUGAUCUCCGAGAUGGGCUCACAUGGAGGAGAGGAUUGUGGGCGUACGGCUGAGGCCCUGUGCUUAGAGGUCAGGCCCCUGCAGAGGGCCACACUUGGAGUCAGACUUGCCCACAGGAAGGCGUUCAGUCUGGACUAUAUGGACACCCAUCGAGAGGCUCACUACAGAGGGCGAUACUCCCCACGAGGAUUCGCUCAUCUGCUCUUUCCAGACUGUGAUGUCCUCACUGGACAUACGCUGAGGUCCACUGCCAGCCAGCAGGCUUCCACUUCCCCAUGCCAUAGGAUAAGCCCUCCUGCUCAGCCUCCCUAUAGUAGGGCUAUGAUGCUUUCGAGGAGGUCCGAUCUUGAUCCUGUUAGAUCAGAUAUUAUUAGAGGCUCUCGCGAAGAUCAGGGAGCAGGUAGCUCCUUCAACCACAGAGCUCCUCUGAUGUCUCUCAGCACCUCUGAGGAGGAACAGGAGGUUGGGGAGCGGGCUGGCAGAGUGACUUCAUCCCUGCUCACACCUACUCCCACUGGGGAACGCAGGCUGAGCAAGAGAGAGAGGAAACGACUGAAGAGCCUGAGGAGGAGACAGAGGAGGAGAGAGCGCUGCAGACAGAACCAGCAGCAGGAGAACGCGCAGAGCUCUACAGGGAACCCAUCUAGCAGCAGUGAGGAUGAGGAGCUGCCCAGCCGGGAUCGUGAAGGCUAUAUUUGUGCAGUGUGUCUGGAUGUCUACUUCAGUCCAUACAUGUGCCAUCCCUGCAGCCACGUCUUCUGUGAGCCUUGUCUGCGGACACUGGCCAAGAACUGCCCCACCAACACACCCUGUCCAUUGUGCAGAACCACCAUAACACAUGUUUUCUUCCAGAAAGAACUGAACCAUACAGCUCGUAUGUUCUUCCCGAAGGAAUACCUGUCUCGGAAGCAGAAUUUCCAGAAAGCGAGCUGUGCAAAAUGGCCUCUUCCGAGCUGCCGUAAACUGUUUCGCAUUUUCGGAGGCUUUCAAAGGCAGGCAAGUCCAAUUGGCAGACGCCAGUUCCCUCACAGGGGCUACAGGCUUGAUUCCUUCAACUUUGAGGAUGAUUCGCAUGGCUGGCGAUUUGACAUGGACAUGGUGAUCAUAUACUCCGUCAACUGGGUCAUUGGCUUCAUUAUCUUCUGCUUCUUCUGCUAUUUUUUCUUCCUCUCUUUUUAAAGAGAAGGCGCGAGAAGCUGUCUGCAGUGUUUCUGAACUCUUAGGACAAUAGAGAGGUCGGCAAAAAAGGAAUCGUACUGCAGCUGCUUCUGGACUAUA